GGCCUCUCCUCUCAGUUGACGUGCGGCUACCCUUGACCUUGCUUUUGCCAUAGUCUCAACCACGUUACUUCCGUUUUUGCUUCAAAGACUUGUUCUCAGGUGCCUAUAGAUUUCACAAUUUUUCUUCUCAAUAUCAAUCCUUUUAUGUCCGGCAACCAUGCAGUUUGGACGUUCGAAGUAUUCGAGUCUAAGCGAUGAGGAAGAAAGCCAGUCUCUGACUGGAAAACGUCUCAAGGGCUCUGAGUUGCCGUGUGGCUGUUAUACUAGGAGAACAGGGAUACCUAUCAGGAAAAUUUGUGUUUCGGCCAUUGUCGUUGCCAACAUCUUGCUUUUUCUUUCCACCAUCGCAAUGACAUUUAUGUCUAAGGGAACUCUCUGCUCUGAGAAAGAGAUGAGCUCAUACUAUACUGAAUCGGAAUACCGGCACAAUUACACCAAUUACUGGUGGGAUAAUAAACCUUCCAUUUUCCAACAAAGGCCCUCACCUGAAGUUGACGAAGCUUGGGAAAGAUUGACUAGCACGGAAUCCAUCGCUCUGAACACAGAUGAAGUUCGCAAACUAGGGUAUGACCCGGAAACUGUGUGGCCAGCACCUGCAGAUGAAUUCGGGGAGGACGUAUUUCAUCAAAUGCACUGUCUGAACAUGCUCCGAAAAACAGCAUGGCCUGCAUAUUACGGAGAUAUGAGAGAGAAAACCAAACACACACCACUUAAAUGGGAAGAUCACAUGCUUCAUUGCACGUACGCCGUUCUGCGAAGUCUUAUGUGCCACGCAGAUGUAGAAGUUAUCGUCGGCCAGAAAUUCAAGGGAUGGCCUGGGCUUAACCUGAAUUUUGCCUCCACCAAAAAGUGUCGCAAUUUCCAGGAUAUUCUGGAAUGGAAGGAGGCCAAUACAAUCCACCAGAAGGCCCCAUGGUCGGAGUACCCUAAUAUACCAAUUAUAGAGCAGGAUCCUCAGGGAAUUUUGACCCCCUAUGGCAACCAUCUAGGACUGGAGGACUGGGCAGAAAGUCAAGGUAUUGAUUUAGAGAUGCCAUCAGAGUUGGCCUGGCAACCAAAGAAAAGCAACAACGAUCCCGAAGGUCAGAACAAAGAGGAGUAA